UAUGUUGUGUUGUUUACUGCAAUCGUAUGAAUCAAUUGAAUCAUACAUUCAUUUCAAACAAAACACUAAACACUAAACAAUCGGACAAACAGUCAGUCAGUCAAGUCGUGUAUAUAUAUAUAUCGAUCGCACCGUUAGUUUGUUUAAUAUUUAAUAACUACUACUCAGUCGUCGUCGUCGUCAACCAUCAUCAGCACCGACAAAACGCGACAAAACGGCGGCGUUUAUAACAACUGCAAACAUCCAACUAAUUAAGAGACAACUGUCCACUAAUAGAGGACUAUUAGUACCGUUAUUGAAGACAAUUCAAGCACCAGUAGUAGUCAGUAAUCAUUGUCUACCAGUGCGCAGAAAUAUGGCCAACAAUACUACAAAUGGCGACCCGAAGUCGGCUAAAACAAUGUACGAGUUUAGUGCCAAAGAUUUGGACGGCAAUGAGGUACCGUUAGAUCGAUACAAAGGUCAUCCGACUCUUGUAGUGAAUGUGGCCUCGAGUUGCGGCCUACAGAAGACCAAUACCAAACAGCUGAACGAAUUGUAUGCCAAAUACGAGGCCCAAGGCUUGAGGAUAUUGGCCUUUCCGUCCAAUCAGUUUAAUCAGGAAAAGGGAUGCGAUGUCGAUAUCAAAGAGUUUGCUAAGAAAAACGAUGUCCACUACGAUAUGAUGAGCAAAGUCGAUGUCAAUGGCGAAUCGGCACAUCCAGUAUACAAAUGGCUUAAGAAUCAGCAGGGUGGCUUCAUAUCCGAUGCCAUCAAAUGGAACUAUACUAAAUUUUUGGUCGACAAACAUGGCAUACCUAUCAAACGUUAUGCACCAACGGUUGAACCCAAAGAUAUCGAGAAGGACCUGAAGGCCCAGCUCUAGACAGUUGGUUAGUAGAGAGAGAGAGAGGCUAACGGUUCCCACUCUCUCUCUCUCUCUCUCUCUACCACUCUCUUCCUCAUUGAUUAUUAUAUUUACUGAUAAUAUAUAGUAUAUUAUAUAUAUAUAUAUAUAUAUAUACCUAUCCAUAGG